AUGGCAGAAGAAAAGAAACAAAAAUUACAGGAGACUGGUUUAGUACAAUGGCCGGUCUUUUCUGAGUUAGUUGCAAUGGAUGAAGAUGAAGAAGGCUUUUCGAAGUCACUAUUCACUACAUUCGUAGCCCAGGUUGAAGACACUUUCAAAGAAUUUGACGAAAAUUUAAAAACACAAAAUUUGGAUAAGUUAUCUUCAUUAGGUCAUUACUUGAAAGGUUCAGCUGCCGCUUUAGGGUUGGAAAAAAUAUCAUCGCAAUGUGAAAGAAUUCAAAAUUAUGGUCAUAAAGUCAACUUUGACAAUUACUCGUUGAAAGAUUCAAAGUUGACAGAAAAAGACGAAGAUUAUUGGAUCGAACUAAUUGAGGAUGCUUUGGAAAAAGCUCAAGACGGAUUUACGAAAUCUCGAAAAGCAUUGAAUGAAUAUUUUGAUGACGAACUAUAG